UUUCAUAACCUAAAUCUUUGUUUCUUUUAAUAUAGCUUGAAAAUAAGCUGCCAAUUAUCAUUGUACAAUAGACUAAUGAUUCUGUAUGGCGACAUUCCAUACAAUUAGCAUACCUGAGAUAACUCUCUUUUUAAAUGAUUUAGAUAAAAGUAUUGGGAAAGAUGAUGCAACUGACUUUCGUAAACUUACAUUCUACCUUUUUGGGUUUGCAAGUGCUCGUCUUGAAGAUGUUAAACGGACUGAAUCAACAUUUUCAAAUGAAGAAAAUAUCCAUCUCUUACAAAGAUUGAUAUCAGCAAUAGAACUUGUUCUUACAAAGCAAAAGCAUCUAUUAAAUUCAACCCUUACUUCUGCAGAAUGUAAACUUGCCCUUGCAGGAAAUUAUACCAAAACGAAUACAUUUACAGAUUUGGAUUCAGAAACUAAUCUUCUUUAUGAAUGGAUUAUACUAUAUGUCUUGUCAAAUUUGACUCAUUUCCCACAUAAUGGAGUUAUUUGUGAUCUAUUAAAGUCUUUAAUGAUCGCUAUAAUUAACUUAGUCACUACAAAAUUACAUAGCUUUAGACAUAAAGCACAGAUCAAAGUAUUUCUUUUGAAAACAUUUGAAGGUAGUUUAACUGACCUCUUCGCUAAAAUUGGAUAUGCAAAUUCGCUAGUUGAUUUGGAACUGUAUUAUAAAGGAAGAUUGGCUGCCACUGUUCAUUUGUUCACUAUCAUCAACGAUUAUGAUAUUUCAGUAAAACUUUCAUUGAAUAAUGUCAGCACGGAAUUGAAAUUAGAAUCGUUUGCAAGGAAACUUUGGUUUCUAUUGGGGUCAAUUGACCUUGGUAUAGUCAUCACAAGUAUCGAUAGUGUCAUAUUAUCCCUAAUUGAUAAUUUGAAGUCUAUCAUAAUCCUUAAUCUUACCAAUAAUUUGAUAAUAAAUAAUACUGUCAAAUUUUCCCAAAUUUCACUCGUUGCUAGCUGGAUUGUGGACCACAUACAGCUGCUUGACGAUAACACAGUAAAUACAAGUAAACUCAACAAGCAGUUAAUCAUGUUGAAUCGAUCUAUCAGCUAUUGUCUGAUGAAAGUUUUCAUCCUAUGCAUUGAAAAGGAUACUAUCUUACCAUUUUUAAGUGUUCUUCAACUUGAAACAAUUAUUCCUACAGUGGAAUUAUUCCCAGAAUUCCCCGAUAUAAUUCUCAAGACUUUCCAUAUCAUUUAUUUCCAAUAUGCGGUACUUUGUAAACAUCAACCGAUUGUAUCGAGUUAUCAAACCUUGAACAAAAACAAACAAGUUGUAUAUCCAUUUGAAGACUCUGAACUUGAACAAUUACGAUACUCUAUAUUAGAUGUACGUGGAUCUACAGAAUCUCAAAAUACCUUUUCUGCUAAAGCAACUCUAUUGGAAUUUAUUUCUCUGAAACCAUAUAGUUCUGUAUCUAAUGAUCAACUUGUGGAUGAAUCCCUGACUUCGUUUGAUUAUAUGCAUUGGUUAAAUUAUGUUAGUGAUAUUAUUAACGACAAAAAUGGUCUUCUAGACUCGAGGGAGUCCUUGUUAACCUUCAUAAAUGCUUUAGGUCACUUCCCAUGUUUGGUUCAAGGGGACUAUUCAUUUGCUGUUAAUGAAUGUCUGAUUUGUUGUGGGAAUUCUCCAAUGAAAAAGACAUGUUAUGAUGAGAUCCUGCCCUCGAGAAAGCCAAUAAUUGAAAAUAGCAUUAUGACAUUUUAUUUCAAGAAUGUUAUUGUUGAGUAUCUAUUAAAAAAGAGAGGAAAAGACAUCAUGACGGACUCGAUCAUGAGCUCAGCAAUGUUGUUGACAUUGUUCAAGAUAUUUUCUUCAUUUCGACCACCACCACCACCCACCCUGAAUGAUAGUGCUCGUGAAGAUGUGGCCUUCAAGUUUAUUAUGAACAGCCUUGAAACAAGUACAAAUAGAGAUGUUAGAUUACUUGCUGGUAGGAUUCUCCCAUUAUACCUUAUAUUUCCUAAAGAUGGCGUAUUAGAAUCAAGUUUUAAAGAAAUUUUUGGUAGACUUUCCCUGAUAAAAUUCGAUAAUGAGAGCGGUUGUAUAUAUAGAGCAGAGUCUACAAUUUUUGCAUUGGGUGAAUUAGCAACUGUCUCGGAUGGAGAGAUCUUAUGUGCAUUGUUUAUUAAACUUAUUGAUCUAUUUGGUGAGACUAACGAGCAACAUGUCAAUCUUGUAUAUUGUACAUUCUUGAAUAUUGCGGCUGCAAAAUGUAUUACUCCGUACAAACUUUUAUCUCCGUUUUUACCAAGUAUUGCUGAAAGAAUCGUCAAACAGCCUAGAAUGUUACUCAAAAUCACCGAACUUUUAGGAGUUUCCAAAAAGUAUUUCCUUAGUAGGACAAAGGAAUAUACUACCCCUAGGCUCUUGGAAUACUAUAAACAUGAUUUCAUUCAAGAAAUUUCGGACGCUUCUGGGGUAACAAAAUGGCAAUUGAUCAGUAAGAAUCUUCCUCGAAUAAUUGCUACUUAUCUUUGUAAGAAUGAAAAAAUCAAUGAAACGUAUAUUAUUGGAGUCUUGGGAAACGUAACUCCAGAAUACAAAUCUGCUAAAAUGAUGGAUUUAAUGGCUAGUAUCGGUGGUAUUACAUGGUUCAUUCUUUUACAAAUUAGAAAUGAUGAAAGUGGUAAAUUUGUCAAUGAGAAUCAAAUUUUGAAUGCCUUGACAUAUGUUGGAAAAAUGAAUUUGAUUCGAAAUGGGGAAGAUCCCAAAAAACGGCCACAAAACUUUGAUUUUAUUGAAAAUUUAUUGGGGGACCAUGUAUUGGAACUAGUGCAAAGAUUUUCUGAAAAUGUUCAUCAUAUCAAAGGAUCUCGACCUUAUUUGGAAAAAGUAAGCUCGUUGAAAGCAAUUGAAUUUUUGAUUAAUAGAAACAUUACGGCUGCGUCUACUGCGCUUGGUCAAAUAUCAACUUGUUUACAAGCAACCUUGGAAAAUUCUGACUUUCAACUUCCAGCAAUCACUUGUUGGAAUGUUUUAGUACAGAAACUUGAAACAAAACAUCUCAUUUCAUUGUUUGACAUUAUCAUCUCAAUAAUCUUUCAAAAAUUCAAUCAAUUAGAACAUAGAUCAAAAUUGAUUGCGGUUGAAAUAUUAAAAAAGUUAUUCCUUGAAUUAAGAGACAAGUAUAACAAAUAUGCACUUUAUUUCUUUUCUGUCCCAUUUGUUGAUGGGUUGGAUAAAUAUUAUCAAUUACAUUCCAGUUUUCGGAACUUGAUGAGACAAAAAUCAAAAUUCAAUCAUUUUCCGGAGUUUACCCGUAGACUUCAAACGGGAAACAAAUAUGUUGUUCAACAGGCCCUUGCCGAUUUAAAAAAUUUUACAACAAAAUAUCAAAGAAAUUGUCAAGCUGAAGAUUUUAAAGAUCCUUUGGUUGCAAAAAGUGUAUCAGAACUUCUCCGUACUUUACUUGAUACUGCCCAGAACUUCCGGAGUAAGAAUCCCAAAAUUUCAAAUUCUUGUGCAAAGGCUAUAUCGAUUAUAGGUGCAUUGGAUCCUAAUAAGUUUAGUUUGAAAUCCAUCAAGGAACAAGUGAUAGUAAUCCAUGAUUUUGCAGAUUAUCGAGAGAAUACGGUUUUUUUACGACACUUUAUGGAAGAAAUCGUCAUCAAAGCAUUUUGGGCUUCUAAUAAUCCUGUAAAGCAAUUGUUUUCCGCUUAUUCAAUGCAGAAAUUCUUGGAAGUUUUGAAAUUAGGGGAAUCGGUAUUAACACCAGAUACACAGGAUAAGUUUGUUGAUGUAUGGAAUGAAUAUAGUGACCUCGCCAAAUCCACAUUGACCCCUUUACUAUCUUCGAAGUAUAUCUCUCCUGUUAGUAAAUAUGAACCGUUAAACUAUCCGUUUUACAAGGUUAGUAUGCAACACGAGAAAUGGUUAAUUGACUUUACGUCGAAUCUUUUAAAACGGUCUAGUCAAAUAAAUAAAGAUGAUGAAUGUGCCAAAUGUGUUAUAUUUCAAACAUGUUCCAUGUUAGUGCGGGAUCAGGAUAUCUCGAUUUGCAAUUACUUGUUAAAAUAUGUAUCACUUUCACUUGUUAUUAAUGGUGAUGAAUCCUCGUUUGAAGAUAUCAAAACAGAAUUCUUAAACAUCUUACAAUUUGAUUCUAGAGAUAUUCCUCCUGAUAGAUCAGAGCUGUUAGUAAGUUGUUUCCAAUCUGUAUUUGAGGUAUUGGACUACUUCAACGAAUGGUUUUCUGUCGCAACCCAGUAUCAAAAUGAUAAUCAACUGACAAAAUCAGAUUCUCAAAAAUUAAAACAAAGUCUUUCGUUGGUUAAAACCUUUUUAGAUGAAAUUCCCAUGUCAUUGAUUGCAAUCAAAUCCGCAGAGUGUGAUUCAUAUGAAAGAACAAUCUUAUAUUUAGAAAAAUGUUACAGGGAUGAAAAUAUAGGCGAGUCGCACACUAUUGGUGGAUUAGGAAUUGUACCUACUCUUCAGAAUAUGUAUGCAAGUAUUAAUGAUGUUGAUGCAUUAGGCGGUAUUUUAAAGAAAUUUUCGACAAAUAACUUGAAUGAUAAAUUGGCAACAUUUCAAUACAAUGAAGAUUGGUCUUUGGCUCAAGAGUCGUUUCAGGUUCUCAGCGGUUCGGGAGAUAUGCGUAAAAACAACGACAAUAAUACCAAACUUCUCGCCUCCCUUGGUGAACAUGCUUUAUAUGAAGAAGUUUUGUCGAAUUUGGGUGCUAAAGUUGAUCUUGAUAACUUGAAAAGCAUCCCCAUUGAUUGGACAAUGGCAGGUUUACAAGCCUCCGUAGGCUCAGCAAAUAUACCGCAACUCAAAAAAUGGAUAUAUGUUGCUGAUUUAACAGCACGUAAAUCCCAGGAUAAGGAUACAUUGAUAAAUUACCAACUUGCCAAAGGUUUGCAAUUUUUGAAUGAAGGAAAUAGAAAUGAAUUCAACGGAUGUUUAGAACAACUUUAUGGGAUAAUAGGAGAUUCUUUGGUAUCUUCUAUGUCCUCGUCAUUUUCAAGAAAUUCCCUUCUUAUGUCCCAUCUUCACACUUUAUAUGAUUUGACAUUAAUAGUCUCACCAGAUGUCCAACGUGAUGCAACGUUAAAACAACAAAAUGAAGCUAUUUUAAAAGAACGCUUGGCUAAUAUAGACCAAAGUUUUGAAUCUCAAUGGAAAAUCUUGGCCACUCACUACGUUGCAAGUGUAAUUAUUGAAGAUAAACCCAAAACUGGUGAAAUUUUACUUCGUUGCUCUGAAUCAUCACGUAAUAGUGAACGUUUUGAUGUAGCUACUAGGUGUAUUAUGAAGGCAAUGGCAUUGAACGAUCAAGAUGCAAAUAUUGAAUAUUCGGAACUUCUCUGGGCCCAAGGAAGGCAAACAGAGGCGAUCAAAUCGCUCUCUAGUAUUAUUGAAGAUGAAGCAUUCAAAUCUUCCCAACAAAGAGCAAAAGUACAAUUGCAAUAUGCUGUAUGGUUGGAUGAAUCAAACCAUAGUUCCUCUGCAACUAUCAUCAGCGAGUACAUCAAAGCAUAUCAAUUGGAAUCUACGUGGGAUAAGCCUUAUUAUGAUUUAGGUAAGUAUUAUAGCAAAAUUAUGGCUUCUCAAACUGACCUGUCUGGAUAUUAUGAACAACAAACCAUCCGAUACUUUUUAAAAUCGUUGGCUUUGGGACCUAGCUAUAUAUUUGAAGCGCUCCCAAAAUUGAUAACGAUUUGGCUCGACUUUGCACAGAAAGACAGGAGAUCUAAAGAAGCUGAGAGGAAGCUUAAUCAAAUUGUUAUGGAUAUUAAAACAUCUAUUAAUACUGUUCCAAUUUAUGUUUGGUACACUUCGAUUACGCAGCUAUUAUCUAGAAUUGGACAUAGCCAUGAACCAUCUUCCAAACUUCUUGUGAUCAUCAUAUCAAAUCUAAUUCAAGCGUAUCCUAAAUACAGUCUAUGGUUUGCAUUGUCACAUCUUCAAUCGAAUGACAAAAUUCGGAGAGAUAGAGUCAGUGCAGCAUUAGCGGAUGCGCAACUGGUUAAACCAGCCCUUGGAAGCAUUAUUUCUGUUGCUGAACAUCUAUUCUCAAAUCUAAAGAAAAUUGCCAAUUUCAAGAUUCAGAAGAAAUCGGUAAGAAAAAUGUCCCUCAGUAAAGAUUUUGGAGUCAACAAUAUGAAUAAUCCGUGUGAUGCACUUGUUAUACCUGUCCGAUCUAAUCUUGAAAUAAGACUCCCUUCAACCAAGCACACUCCUAAAUCCUUUACUGCAUUUCCGAAAUCUGCAUCUGUUACUUUUGAUGGAUUCGACGAUAUGGCAUACAUAUUUCAAUCUCUUCAAAUGCCAAGACAGGUGACUAUACGUGGAUCUGAUUUCAAUGUUUAUCGAUUAAUGGUUAAGAAAGAUGAUACUCGAAAAGAUGCAAAGGUCGUAGAGUUUACAACUAUGAUUAACCGGUUAUUGCUAGCUAGUAACGAAACUAGAAAGAGAAAUCUUUCUAUUUCCAACUAUGCGGUUGUCCCGUUAGCUGAGAAUCUGGGAGUUAUUGAAUUUGUGCAAGAUGUCGCUACAAUGAAAAGUAUUAUUAGUGAUCAAAGAAAGAGACUGGGUGUUGUCUCAAAUGAUCGUAAAUUGUUCAUGAAAUUGGAUGCCGCUCAGAAGGCUGCGAAGAAUAAGUCCUCUUCGGAUCCAGGCUCUAAAUCUGCAUUGGUAGAACUCUUUCAGGACAUUUGUAGAAGUACACCACCUGUGUUACAUCAUUGGCUAAUUCACCAAUUUUCUGAUCCUGGUUCAUGGUAUCGAGCAAGAACGACUUUCACUAGAUCAUCUGCUGUGAUGUCAAUUGUUGGCUAUAUUAUUGGCCUUGGAGAUAGACAUUGUGAGAACGUUCUAUUUUUCAAAAAGACUGGAGGGGUGUUACACAUUGAUUUCGACUGUUUGUUCGAUAAAGGUAUAACACUUCCAAUUCCAGAAAUCGUUCCCUUUAGAUUAACUCAGAAUUUGGUCGAUGCAAUGGGUAUAACAGGUAUUGAAGGUACAUUCCGAAUAACAUGUGAAGCUACCACUUCUUUGUUGAGAGAAAAUGAAGCUCUGUUGAUGAAUAUCUUGGAAACAUUACUUUACGAUCCUCUUUUGGAUUGGAAAUCUCUUCUGAAUCCUGAAGAUCAUUUGAGAAAGGUACGUCGAAAAAUCAGAGGUCUCGUGGAUGAGAAGGAAGGGCUUCCUAUGAAUGUCCACGGACAAGUGGACGUUCUUAUUCAAGAAGCUUCCUCGCCGGAAAUGCUAUGCCAAAUGUACGGGGGUUGGGCACCCUAUACUUAGAAAUAUUAUUUAUUGGUAAAUAAAAAUGAAGACAUAUAUAUAUAUUAUAGAAUUAAAAACAAACAAAA